GUUUUAUCGAACUACGAGUGUCAGACAAUCAGUUGUCGUAGUCAACCAUCUCUUUAUUGGGCUUAUCCAUAGCCCAGAAAUAGUGGGCCAACUAUAAUAGGCCCAACUGGCACCGUUGAUAGUCCAGUCCAACUAUGGAUGAAGAAGCAAAAGCGUGGUUUUUUUUCGGCUUUCUUUUUGGUUGUUCUCUGCUCAAGUUCUGAUAUUUUUGUGUUGAAAAUCAGUUCAAAAAUCCAAUGGGUUCCAGUUGAAAUCUGUCGUGCUUUUCCCCUUUUUCAGCUGAAUGUUGGUGUAGCUUCUCCAUAUUCUGCUGCUUUAGUGAUAAAUUUUCUGCAAGAACGAUUUUUUCAAGAUUCCUGUAGAUUGGGAACUGCUGUCUGAAGUGAAGAUUUCUGUGAUCUAAUCUUACUUCUAUCAAAAAAAACUAAGAGGAUGUCAAGGGAGAGAGCUAAACGAGUUACACUAGCUCCCGGUCCGCAGGUUGUUGAGAAGAUUAAAAAAGUUGUAGAAGAAGGCAACUAUUAUGGCGCCCAACAAAUGUACAAGUCUUUUAGCGCAAGAUAUAUUUCAGCCGAAAGGUAUUCAGAAGCUUUGGAUAUUCUUGAGUCAGGUGCUUGCAUACAAUUAGAGAACGGGCAGAUUACAUGUGGGGUAGAGCUUGCUGUCUUGUUUGUCGAAACACUUGUUAAAGGAAAAAAUCCUUAUGAUGACAACACGCUUGGUCAGUCAUAUUUUUCUUUGGACAUUAAGCUAAAGCUACUUCUUUAUGUUAACAUUGUGCGAAAUAUGCGAGAAAAGUUACCUCAAGAGUUCAUUUCAGAUCGUAUUAGGAAAAUAUACGAAAAAUUUCCUCGGAUACCCACACCUCAGCAUUUGGACCUAGGCGAUGAUGAUGAUAUGCAACGACUUUCUGAAGCUCUCGGGGCUGCAAAAAUACGUGCAGAGGGUUGUUCGUCUUUCUUGAAAGCUGCUAUCAAACUUAGUAGGACGAAGACCGAGUACAUGACGUGCACUUUCAGCAUGGCUACACAUGAUGAUGGUGACGUUAGCCUUGACGGGCAAGUGGUGGCCAAGAAUGAGACUUUCCGGUAUUUAGGAUCGAUGCUACAAAAGGAUGGCAGCAUUGAUGAAGAUGUUAGGCAUAGAAUUGCAGCCAGUUGGUUGAAAUGGCGUCAAGCUUCGGGCGUUCUCUGUGAUAAGAGGGUGCCACAAAGGCUAAAAGGUAAGUUCUAUAGGACGGCGAUUUGUCCGGCGAUGCUAUACGGUGCUGAAUGUUGGCCUACAAAAAGGCAACAUGUCCAACAACUAAAUGUAGCAGAGAUGCGUGGUUCGGAGCCUCCUGAUGCACCAGAGCGUAGGGGAGUUCUACAGCGGGUCGAUGAUGUAAAGAGAGGUAAAGGUCGGCCUAAACUCACUUGGGAAAAGUCGGUUAAGAGAGACUUUAAAGAUUGGAAUAUUUCCAAGGAUUUAGCGGUGGAUAGGAGCGCUUGGAGGCUAGCAAUCAACGUGCCAGAACCGUGGUCUGCAGAGCUCGGAACACAUAAGUAUGGGUCUCCUGAAAUCCACGACAUGCUUGCGGAUUACAUAUAUUCAGAAUCUCCCGAAUUGGAUAUGGCCAAAGUGUCCUAUCAUUUUGUUCGAGGGAAGAAUCCAAAGAAUUUUGCUUCAACUCUCGUCAAUUUCAUGGGAAAGUGUUACCCAGGUGAAGACGAUCUUGCCGUUGCACGAGCUGUUUUGAUGNUUGCUUUUCUGCAGUAUUUAGCUCUAGGUAAUUUGAGAGAUGCUAAUGUCCUUGUGGAUGAAAUGAAGAAGAAGGUUCAAUUUCAAGAUGUUAACUUUCCUCAAUCAGAAUUAAUGGAGUUCAUCGGUUAUCUUCUGAAAACAUUGCAAAGAGAUGCUUUGCCUCUUUUCAAUAUGUUGAGACAGCGUUAUGAGUCGAGUAUAAACCGAGAGCCCAUUUUCAAUGAAUUGCUUGAUCAAGUGGCCGAGAGGUUUUAUGGGGUACAACGUAAAAAUGCCAUGCCAGGAAUGUUUGGAGAGUUAUUUAAGAUGAUGGCCGGAGAUUAAGCACUGCAAACUUGCACGAGAAUAAAUUUGUCGGUCGGAGGUUUUACCGUAACUGUUGAAGCUGAACAUCAAUUUAAGAAGCCCUUUCCUUUUUCUUUUUAAAACUUUAACCGUUGAAUUACUGUCUUUUCAGUUUUCAGACUUCACUUGUGGGGUUGGGGUCCUUUUUUUACUGGUACUAUUAACAAUUGUUUGGUUAAUCCAGUAGUUUUAUUUAUUAUGCUAUAGAUAAAAUGUCGUCUUAAAUAAAAAUGGAGUCUUGAAAAUCCAAGUGAACCUUUACAAAUAUGGGU